UAGCAGUACACCGACACACGACAAACGACACGGUGGCGAUCAGUUCAUGAAAAAAGUAACAACACCUUCAAAAUGAACACACAGAUAUCCUAUAAAUGAUAUGCAUUGAUUCGGAAGGAAAAAGUGAAACAUGGAAGUACAAAGACCAACGCCAGAUUUUAAGAACUACAAAGACAAACGAGUAACCAACAUCAUCAACAAAGCUUCCCAGCAGCUGAGGAUAUCUGGUCUGGUCAGGAAGAAUGCCGCACGUCGCUACAUCACAAUCACCAACAGCCAUGCCUCCUUGAAUGCGAAUGCCCAUGCAAAAGCCGUUGCUAAGGGUCUUUUGACUAAAGAACCAAGUAAUCUGGACCGUCAAAUGACCAAGGGGGCCACUAAUCUAGAACGCCACAUGGUAGUGAAAAAGACUGGUGAACUUGAAUCUCCGCUUUCACAGAGACAAAGAUUAUACUUAAAUGGAAAUCACCAGACAGAUGCGACGCGGGUAUCAAGUUACCCGGAAAUGACGUAUAGGCGUAUAGUUCAUGCACGAUCAAUGGCGCGAAUGGCCACCAGGACCGAUUUUCUAAAAGCCAGAGAGCUGACAGAAGAAUUGGAUCAGAAUAGGACCUUAACAUUUUCAUUGACUAAAUCUGAUGAACCUGCAAUCAGAGUUCGACCAGUUAUAUCUAGGGAGUCCAGUAAACUAGACAGCAAUAUGAAAGUUGCCAUCAAUAGAUAUGUUACCAGUAUGUCACCGAAACGAUCCGAUACAAUACCGAGUAGGUCAGACACUUCGCUCAGCAGGUCAGACGUAAUGCGAAGUACUGACCAGCCCAUGACUCCGGCCACUACCUCCAGGAGAAACAAAACGCACCCAGAGACUCACCGAGAAUCUACUAUAUUAUAUAACAGCAGACGACCGACAAAACAUGCUAAGUCUUACUUGAAGCCUGUACUUCCGAGAAUGUUCUCUGGAAAUGUUCCAUUUUUGUUCAAACUGAAUGGACCAAUUCUUCUGACUGCACCUCAUGGUAUUAAGUUAUGGCGCGGUGGCACGGAUGGAAGGAAGAAGAGAAUACACUACAGAGAGAUUUGGUCCACGGAAAUAGUCCUAAAAUUGGCCGCCCACAUCAACAAGUACAUGGGUAUUCCAGCUAGCUUUAUGAUCUGGGAUAGAAGAAUUGCUGCUCCGCUCGACCACAAAAACCUCGACCCAAAUUACCUCACAGAAGAACAACUUGCUUUGUCGCCAUGGCAUGAAGCUCUUCUUCAGUUCAAGCGCUUCGGUAAACUAAACAAAUGUCCUCUUCUUCACAUCGAUGUCCAUGGGAAGAAAAAUCGAAAGACAAAUCUAGAUGUCGACUUUGGCUUCAAAGCACUGGAAACUCGCUGGGAGGACCAAGGUUUUGUAGGCUGGGUGAAGUCUGAAACAGAAUCUUCAUUCAGUAGGUUGUUUGACCUGCCUUGCUGUGAAACUAAUGACGAUACAAAAUACACUACAAAUGUCAACCCUAGUCUUUGUGGUGACUGGGGAGGUGACCUCUACACCAUGACGUGCCAGUCGGUGUGUAUGGGGGUCCCAGCCUUCCAACUGGAGAUUCCAAGGAGUAUACGAACGCAUCUGAUAGAUGACGAAGUUUUCAUGAACAAGUUUGCAAAAUGUAUUGUAGAUAUUUAUCGGACUUGCAUCUCUCUGAAUUCUGACGAGGAGUGCGACAGUAGAGUCAGGGAGAACAGAAUACUUACUGAUCAUAUCGAAAAACUGUAUAACGAACACCUUAAAGUUCAAAAAGUGGCACGGGAAAAACAGAUAUGAAAAGGCUACAAUGUACACAUAAUGUUACCGACGGAAGCGUGGCAAUAGUAAAAUAGAGAAACAAAUAAAGUGAAUUUGUAGCAAAUGCCAAUCAGAUUUUAUACGGAUAAAACAAAACGCACAAAGUCAUCAUUAGGCAGAAGAAAAAAUACACUACCAUGUUUUACUUUUUUUAUAGUAUGAGCAAUUAUGGCAAAUUAAAUUAUUAUGUUGAAGUUCAAAAUCAACUACAGUGACCAAUGAGAACAUGUCUUCAAUGAAAGUUAUUAGAUCAUCUGU